AUGUCAGAAAUGAAAUUAAAAAAAGAAGGGCCGAAAUCUCCUAAAAAUCACCCUUCGUUAUCCAUUCACCGGGCAGGAGAACAGAAUGAGGCAAGGAGCCAAAUACUCAUCAUCAACAACCGGUCAAUCGAAUAAAUCCGCUUCCAAAAACUACCUCAAAAUGCCAGCUACCUGCCCUUCUUCCUGUUGUGUUUGGUCUCUCAACACUUCUUCUUCUUCUUCUUAUAGGCAUAUCCUUUCUGUUUGUCCAAACCCACUUGCGAGUAACAACAAUCUCGGAUACUAAAAAUCUAUCAUCCAACGUUGCACCACACAAGAAAUGAGACUUUUUGUUGCACAUAAAUAGAAAGAAAUGGGGCCAUCUUGUUUAACAGCUAAAAGCUUGCACAAGCGUCACUAAAUUUUGCAAAGAUGUCUAUCAGAAAGUUGCAAGGAAGCAGUACAGAAAAAUCUUUGUCGGAGCAAGAGCAGCUGGCUAAGAUCAAUGAUGUUAGGAAGAUUCUAGGUCCUGUAGCUGAUAAGCUUCCAGUGCUUUGUUCUGAUGCAUCAAUAUCAAGGUAUCUCAGAGCAAGGAACUGGAAUACAAAGAAGGCAGCCAAGAUGUUGAAAAACACAUUGAAAUGGAGGUUGGAAUUCAAGCCUGAGAAGAUCCGAUGGGAAGAUAUUGCUAAUGAAGCUGAGACUGGAAAAGUCUAUAGAGCUAAUUAUCUUGACAAGAAGGGACGGACUGUUCUUAUCUUUAGACCUGGUUUCCAGAAUACAAGCGGCAUAAGAGGACAGAUCAGACACCUUGUUUACUGUAUGGAGAAUGCUAUAACAACUUUAAAUCCAGAUCAGGAUCAGAUGGUAUGGCUAAUUGAUUUCCAAGGGUGGACAAUGUCCUGCAUAUCAGUGAAGGCUGCUCGGGAAACAGCUCACAUCCUGCAAAAUCAUUACCCUGAGAGACUAGGUGUUGGAAUCCUCUACAACCCCCCCAAAGUAUUUGAAUCCUUUUGGACGCUGGUGAAACCAUUUAUUGAACCCAAAACAUACAAGAAAGUGAGUUUUGUCUAUUCCAAUGGACCACAGAGCCAAAAGCUGAUGGAAGAACUCUUUGAUAUGGAUAAGCUGGAUUGUGCAUUUGGUGGCAGAAACUCAGCUGGGUUUAACUAUGAAGCUUAUGCCCAAUGGAUGAGGGAGGAUGACAAGAAAAAGUUUGAUAUGAUGAACUGUGGCUCGUCAUCACCGCUACCAUCCAUCAUGUCUGAAUCACAGAGCUCAGAGACAUUGACUCCAAGUGGUAUCUCCAUGGCUUCUGACGAAGAUGACAGUUCAUCUGGCGAUGAAAAAACCUUAAACUUGGAGAAUAUUGAUGAGAAAACACAAGGUUUGCCACUUAGUGGCGAAGAUGUUGCAGUUAGUGAAGCAGUUGACAUAGUAAAAGAACUAAAGAAAGGAGAGCUGGCAUGAUUUUCAAACUUGGGAGAGUGUGGAUGAGCACAAGGCUCAGCACUUGGCGUCGAUCACACUGUGAUGAUGAAGCUGAAGUGGAGAAAAGAAGUGAAAAUUAGGUGAGCUCGAAGUUGGCACGAGAACAAGGAUAGGUUCUGGUUAACAUUAUUUUUCUUUCAAAUUUUGAGCAAGUGGCUUGGCACGCUAACAGCUGCAUGAUGAAAACCUUGAUUGGAAAAUUCGUUUUCGUUCUUGUUGAAUGUCAAAAUAAAUCUUUUACAGCCAA